GGUGUCAGCCGGAUAUCCGCGUCUGGUCUGGCGUUGGUGGCUGACUUUUCGUCGGCUGCAAACUGCGCCCGUUCGCAACCUGCAUGUUGAUCGCCCCGUACGCCCGGAGAACGCACCGUCAGUUUAUUAUUAGAUUGGCUGGCACCGCGGGGCGGCUUCAACUCGACGGGAGAAGUCGUCGCUAAGCGGCCAACACCGCGACAAGGCGGUGAUUGGGUCGAGUUUGGCUCUCGCCUUUUCCUCUACCUCCCCUCCGAUGUAGCUCGGGAGCUAGCAGCGCUGCGAUCACAUCGUUUCCACUGCGCCUUCCCCUUUCUUUGAGUUACCCCCCCCAGCUUGCCGGAUAGCCAUCGCGAUAGGCGUUGCUAGUACCGAAAGUACGUUGAAAAAGGGGGUCGAGAUUGACGAGUCAUCAACCGGAGGCUGUCAAGCGGGAUCCCCCCGGUCAACGAGCGAAUUAAUGGCCGGAAAUCCGAGGAGAGGCGCGGGUCUCAUCGGCUUGAUGAAGGACGCCUUUCAGCCCCACCAGCAGCCCAUGCAGCCCCACCAGCCCGCCGCAGUGGACAAGAAAAUGGUGGAGAAAUGCUGGAAGCUAAUGGAUAAGGUGGUGCGCUUGUGCCAGAACCCCAAGGUGGCGCUGAAGAACAGCCCACCGUACAUCCUGGACCUGCUGCCCGACACCUACCAGCACCUGCGCACUGUCCUGUCGCGCUACGAGAGCCGCAUGGACAUGCUGGGUGAGAACGAGUACUUCCGCGUGGUCAUGGACAACCUGACCAACAAGACCAAACAGACCAUGAGCUUGUUCAAGGAGGCUAAGGAGAGGAUGUACGAGGAGAACUCCCAGCCCAGGCGAAACCUGACCAAGCUAUCGCUCAUCUUCAGUCACAUGCUGGCCGAGCUCAAAGCCAUCUUCCCCAACGGCCUCUUCCAGGGCGACAACUUCCGGAUCACCAAAGCCGACGCUGCCGAGUUUUGGAGGCGCUCCUUCGGGGACAAGACCAUCGUGCCAUGGAGGACCUUCCGGCAGGCGCUGCAUGAGUUUCACCCCAUCGGCUCGGGUCUGGAGGCCAUGGCGCUCAAGUCCACCAUCGACCUCACCUGCAACGAUUACAUCUCCGUCUUUGAGUUUGACAUCUUCACCAGGCUCUUUCAGCCGUGGUCGUCCCUGCUGAGGAACUGGAACAGUCUUGCGGUCACGCACCCGGGCUACAUGGCCUUCCUGACCUACGACGAGGUCAAGGCUCGACUGCACAGGUUCAUCCACAAGCCCGGCAGCUACAUCUUCAGGCUGAGCUGUACACGGCUGGGUCAGUGGGCCAUUGGCUACGUGACAGCUGACGGCAACAUUCUGCAGACCAUCCCUCAUAACAAGCCUUUGUUCCAAGCGCUCAUCGACGGCUACAGAGAGGGAUUCUACCUAUUCCCAGAUGGCCGCGCACAGAACCCAGACCUAACGGGCCUGUGCGAACCUUCCCCGCAAGACCACAUCAAAGUCACCCAGGAGCAGUACGAGUUGUACUGCGAGAUGGGCUCCACCUUCCAGCUGUGCAAAAUCUGCGCCGAGAACGACAAGGACGUCAAGAUAGAGCCCUGCCGGCACCUGAUGUGCACUUCCUGUCUGACCGCCUGGCAGGAUUCGGAGGGUCAGGGCUGCCCCUUCUGCCGCUGUGAGAUUAAGGGCACCGAGCCCAUCGUGGUGGACCCUUUUCACCCCAAAGCCGGCGGAGGAGCUUUCACUGGAUUCCAAGGAGGGGCCGGCCGUGCUGAGGCAGCCACCAACGACGAGGACGACGACGAGCGUCUGGAAGACCAGAACCUCGUCAUGAGCAGGCUGGCCUGCAGCAAGGUGGAGCGCCCGGCGUCUCCCGUGUCCCAGCUGCCUCCGGUUCCGCCCCGGCUCGACCUACUUCAGCAGAGACCCUCGAACUUGCACACCCAGCUGGUCCAAGGAGCCUGCGCUAAGAUGGGGGCCACACACAGGGACAAGCCCCUCCCGUUGCCCCCGGCGCUCCGAGAGCUUCCACCGCCGCCUCCCCAAGAGCGCCCCUACUCGGCGUCAGCAGCAGGGGACCCCAGGCUACAGAGGAGACCCCUGCCCUCAACGCCCGACACACCAGCCUGGGCCGCCAACUACAUGGUGCCGCGACCCGUCUGCAAGGCGCCCGCUGCCUCCGAGGCAGGCAAGGCCCAGGUGGCCACCAACGCCAUCUACUGCCUGGCCGCCAGAUCGCUGCCGACGUCGGCCGUGUCCAGCAGGGAGAAGUUGCCCACCGACAGCGAGGAGAACGAGUACAUGAGUCCCACCUCUCUCCCGGCAUCGGGCGCGCCGUGGAAUAUCACCGGCUCGUCGGUGCCGCCGCCGCCUGGCCAAGCGAACCACUACCGCGAAGUCGGCACAAGAGGCCAGUUGAGCAUUUUGUUAUUCACCUGCGUCUCCAGCGGCGAGGGCAGCAAUGUGGACCCGGCGGACCCUCAGGUGUAUGAGGCCAUGUGCAACAUCCAGGCCCAGGCGGCUUCGGCCGAGCCCAUCGAUGACGAGCGUCCGCAGCACGCCUGCGCCGCCGUCUACCAGGCCAAGUCCACGGAUGGCCCCUUGGAGGACACGUAUGAGUACGACCGCCCGCCGGCACCUGCCCGGCGGGCGCUGGCAGACUGUCCCUCCAAAGCCUUCGGCACGCUCAGCAUCGACGGAGCCGUCGAAGCCGGUUUGUACGUAGCCGGCGCAGACCCCGAGCGCCCCCCCAAGCCUCUCCCACGCCGCACCAACUCAGACUGGCGGGUUGGGCCGCCCAACCGCGAGGCGGCCUCGCCGGAGCGGCCCACGGAGUGGCUGAGCGGUGAGAUCGAGUGCCUGAUGUCUCAGGGCUACUCCAUCCAGGACAUCCAGAAGGCACUACUGAUCGCCCGGAACAACCUUGAGACAGCCAAGAACAUCCUUCGAGAGUUUGUGUCCGUGCCCUCGGCGGCGCACGUCGCCACAUAAUCCCGCCGCGCAUGACCCACUCCACGCCGCCGCGCCUUUGGUGACCCCCCCCCCCCCCCAAAUCUUUUCCUGCUUGGCCCCGCGCGAGAGCCGUCAAAUGUUUCUUAAAACAUGCGCCGCAACCCCCGAGGGACCACGCCAACGCUGCCAACGUCGGCUGCCCAAGUGAGCCUUUGUUACAAAAAGAAGGAUCUCGAACGAAUCGCUCGAUCGCAGUUCAAAACAGGGACGGGCAUUUGGAGGAAAAUGGUAGCUUCUUUGUUUCUGUGGCGUCAGAUUAACUUUGACAUCCCGAGUUGCACGCGUCAACUCAGUUCUACAAAGACUUUGACAUUUAAGCGCUAAACCACGCAGGCGUGAAGCCCUCGCGUCGAGCCUCUUCCAACCGUUUUGGAGUAAAAAGCAAAAGACGCCCACUCGUGACGGAGGACCCAAGAGCAGACACAUUCCGGUCCCGACGAGGCGGCGGGUUUACUCAGUCAGGUGUCUGUUACAUAAAGUCUGUAGUUGUGCCUUUUGGCAGGUUUGCUCGCCGUUUUGGAAGACUUUUUUUCCUUUCAUAGUUGCGCAUGCUAUUAAUACGAAAAGAGAUUAACACUCCAAUACUUUCACAUGCUAGUAGGAAAGAAUUGUGAUGUUGUAGUAGCACAUUGACUUUAGGUUAUGAAAAGUCAAAUUUAAUGCCUUAAGGAGGAUUUUUGAAGGUGGUACCUUUUUUGUUUUGGAGCGCCUGCUGAGGGACCUUGCAUGACGGAUGCUAAACUCUAUGCUUUAGCUUUCAUCUUGAGACUGUUCUGUCUUUUAAGAACGACAAUUAAGCGCCCUUGUCGCGCUCUCCUGUUCCAUUGGCCAUCUCCAACAAGCCCGCAUUACAAGGCCCGAAAGACUCGCUUCAAACAGAUGCUUAAAUAUAUGUACACUAAAAAGAAUGACUAAGUAUUUAAACUUGCCUUUUUCUCUUGAUAACUUGCCUACUAAAAAGUGUCUCGCUGCUUUGUCAUCAUGUAAAUAUGAUUUAUUUAUUGACUUUUUAAUAUCCUUGGUGUUUGUUGUGUUGCCAUGUUUUCAUGCCCAAGCCAUUAAGAUUUUGAAUUAAACAGUAUUUUCUUUAAAA